UAACAACCCUAACAAGCCGACCUCAGCAGCGGGAACUCUCCAGCUCAUGAAUAUUCACACCAGCGUCACGAGAAAGAGAGCGUCACAUAAAAGGAUACAGGUGAGGUCACGGCGACGCACACAGCUGGACAGUCCGCGCAGAGGCCGGUAGACGGGCUAGUGUCAACACCAAUACAAAAAAAAAAAAAAAAGGAUUAAAAAAAAAAAAACUCUAGGAUAGUUUUAAAUUCCUCACAUUUAAAAAGAGAACCAAGGUUGCAUCACGUAUAAAAGAGCUCUGCGAGGAACGGCAUCAUGUUCACUUGGGUAAAUAAGGAACAGGGUGGAAGGAACAAGGAGGGAGACGUGUUUCAAACAGUGAUUGAAGGACUUCAGAGUCUUUAUACUAAAAAACUUCUGCCUUUGGAGGAGACCUACCUCUUCCAUGACUUCCAUUCACCGGCGCUGGAGGAGGCGGACUUCCAGAGCAAGCCUAUGGUUCUUCUGGUCGGACAGUAUUCCACAGGGAAGACCACUUUCAUCAGGUAUCUUCUGGAGCAAGAUUUUCCAGGAAUGCGAAUUGGCCCUGAACCAACGACGGAUGGAUUCAUAGCUGUGAUGUACAAUGAGAACGAGGGGAUUGUUCCUGGAAAUGCCUUGGUUGUUGACCCCAAGAAACCCUUCCGCAAGCUCAAUGCAUUUGGAAAUGCCUUCUUAAAUAGGUUCAUCUGCUCACAAAUGCCCAACCAAGUUCUGCAGAGCAUUAGCAUCAUCGACACGCCAGGGAUCUUGUCUGGCGAGAAGCAGCGCAUAAGCAGAGGCUAUGAUUUCUCAGAGGUUCUGCGCUGGUUUGGAGAGCGAGUGGACCGUAUCAUUCUCCUCUUUGACGCCCAUAAGCUAGACAUAUCUGAUGAGUUUUCUGAAGCGAUCAAAGCUUUCCGUGGGCAGGAUGACAAAAUCCGUGUGGUGUUGAACAAGGCUGACCAGGUGGACACCCAGCAGAUGAUGCGAGUUUAUGGUGCGCUGAUGUGGUCGCUGGGGAAGGUGAUCAAUACUCCAGAGGUAGUGAGGGUCUAUCUCGGUUCUUUUUGGGCCAAACCUCUCCAAAAUGCAGAAAACCGGCGUCUGUUUGAAGCUGAAACACAAGAUCUCUUCAGAGAUAUCCAGAGUUUGCCUCGCAACGCUGCCCUGCGUAAGCUGAAUGACCUUGUCAAAAGAGCUCGGCUUGCUAAGGUGCAUGCUUACAUCAUCAGCUACUUGAAGAAGGAUAUGCCUUCCCUGUUUGGAAAAGAGAAGAAAAAGGAAGAGCUGAUUGCCAACCUGCCUGAGAUCUAUGAGAUUCUGCAGAGAGAGCACCACAUCUCACCUGGAGAUUUCCCUAAAGUCACUAAAAUGCAGGAGCAACUGCUACACUACGACUUCAGCAAGUUCCCUUCUUUGAAGGUGAAGUUGAUUGAAUCUGUGGACAGAAUGUUGUCCACCAAGAUCUCAAGUCUGAUGAACAUGAUCCGAGAGGAAGAAAGCAAACAGCCACUUCAGGUAGUAAUGGGUGGAGCCUUUGAGGACUCGUCCGACGGGCCUUUUGGCCAUGGUUAUGGCGAGGGUAUCAGUGCAGGGGCUGAUACUGAGGACUGGAUCGUGAGUCGCGACAAACAUCGCUACGACGAAAUCUUCUACACACUGAUGCCUAUCAAUGGGAAGGUGACUGGCAUCAAUGCCAAGAAGGAGUUGAUGAAUUCUCGUCUGCCCAACACUGUAUUGGGAAAGAUCUGGAAGCUGGCAGACUGUGAUAAGGACGGCAUGCUGGAUGAUGAAGAAUUUGCUCUGGCUCAGCAUCUUAUUAAAGUAAAGCUAGAGGGAUUUGAGCUUCCUACAGAGCUACCAAAUCACCUAGUGCCUCCAUCGCACAGGAAGAACCCCACUGCAGACAUCUUGUACAACCACCAGGAGGAUUGAUCAUCUUCAUAUCUUCAUAUUUAUCAGUCAGCUUCUAGCACAAAGUGGCCUUUGAAUACUGAAGUCUUUAUUGAAAGACCAUAACCUUUAUUGGUUAAGCCAUCUUUCAUCAGCAGAUGUGUGACUUUCACAUGCUCAAGAUUAAGUGUGUUUGAAUAUACGUGCACACUUUUGAAAGACAUAUAUAUAUAUAUAUAUAUAUAUAUAUAUAUAUAUAUAUAUAUAUAUAUAAAAAUUAUAGCCCAUGUAAUUGAUUACUUCUAAAUGUUGUCCCUGACCAUGUGUUAUUUCGACUUGUGCUGGCAAACUGAAAAUUUAUGGUAGUGCAGUUGUAUUUCACAAUAAAUAACAACUUCAGUUAAGUAUGCAUAACAGCCGCCAAAAAUAUAACAUAUACAUGACACUAUCAUCCAUUAAUUUCAUUCAUUUUGACAGUGGGAAUGUCUAUUAAAUUAAUUUUGAAACACAAUAUAUUAUUUUUUCCAUGAAUGUACACUUUUCAUAUGAACUACAUCAUAAUGCUGAAAUAGAGAGAAAAUGAGAGUGAUUCAGUGUUUCAUGAUGCAAAUUAAAACUAUGUUCAAUACUACAUACAAAUUAUACUACAUACACUUUUCUUACACUGGGUGUUACUUUUUGGGGAUCUAAUUAUGUGACAUUGAUUAAAUGUACAAAUUUAUAACGAUAUUAUACUAGAAAGCUCUGAUUUUUGCCAAAGUUUUGUUGUUGUGUAUAAUAUUUCUGUUUUACACUGACAUUACAUAGAUUGUGAAGAGUUAAAGUAGUUUAUAGUAUUUAGAAAUGUGGGUAACACUUUAGAAUAAGGCUCAAUUAGUUAAUGUUAGUUAAUGUAUAAACUAACAUGAACAAACAAUGAACAAUACAUUUAUUACUGCAUUUAUUGAUCUUUGUUAAUAUUAGUUAAUGAAAAUACAGUUAAUCAUUGUUAGUUCGUGCUAAUUCACAGUGCAUUAUGUUAACAAGCACAACAUUUGAUUUGAAUAAUACAUUAGUAAAUGUUGAAAUCAUCAUUAACUAAGAUAAAGAAAUGCUGUAGAAGGAUUGUUCUUGCUUAGUUCAUGUUAAAUAAAGUAGUUAACGAACAUUAACUAAUGAAACCUUAUUCUAAAGUGUUACCGAAAUGGGAAACAUCUACAUUUUAAAAUAUAAUCCAGUAAAAACAUUCUACAAAUUCAGUAUUCAUGAGUGUUCCAGUACCAUACUACUUCCUUACUUUUUUUGAGAUUGUCAGUCUGGAAAGAAAAAAAAACGUUAUGUAUAUAAAGAUUUAACAAACAAUUAAUAAUGUUAUAUACAAUGACAGUAAGAAACAUUGAAUUAAACACAGUGUUUAUAUUUCCGAGGCACAAAUAACUGCUAUUGAAUUAUGAAGUCAUUAUGAAACUCCUUUAUGCCGUAUGCAGAUGAAUGUAAUUAUGUAUGUUAACACUGUCACUAUAACCAUAUGUACAUUUUAACUUAUAUACGGAGAUUGUUUCUGUCAGCUCAGAGAUGGAUUAUAUGAACUAGACUGUAACUAAUUGACAUGAGGCCUACUCUUAAGGCUUUUAAACAUGAAAAAAUCAUUGUGUUUAUGUGCAGGUAAAGUUAAGAUUACUGUAAAAUGUGAUUAAAGCCAUUCUGUUGAAGUUUCCCAUACACUUAAGUACAUUUAUAUUUGGUGUUUAAUGGUGCUUCCUAUACUUUAAUAUGUAAUUUGCUAAUUUUAGAUACCAUUUUAAAUGAAAUGAGAGAAUGUAAUAAAUGUUUUUAAUUCAAAUGAAAA